GAGAACCUUCACAAUUUCACAGUGUUAAUAAAGGAAGCCCGAGGAGUUUUACUUGAAAAGAGCAAAUCGAAAAAAUUAAAUUACAUAAAUGAUGGCUAUCUUUGGCCCGCAAACGCAGUCAGCCGAGCUGCCAUCACUGACAGUGUUGGUAAGGGCGGUAUUUUCCGGCUGUCCGCAUGCAGCCACUCCUGAGAUUCAUUGUUGGUUUGUGACUCAGACUUCCUAGUGCGAGAAGCAGGAGAGGAUCACAUAGCGGAUUACCCAUGAACAGCGACGGCGAAGCCUCAUCACUGCAGAUGCCCCAGAUGACUGUGGGGGUCAUGCUCCCGGGAGAAGCCAACCAAUCGCCUGACACCGCUCCGCUUUCGGUGGCGGAGGCGGUGUCCAACAAGGACUUCUACAUCGGCGUUGGCCUGGCGAUCUCCUCCUGCUUCUUCAUCGGCUCCAGCUUCAUCAUCAAGAAGAAGGCGCUCAUUCGACUGAGCAGGUACGGCGAGGUGCGGGCGUCAGCCGGAGGAUUUGGAUAUCUGAGGGAGUGGAUCUGGUGGGCAGGUCUUCUAACAAUGGGCGUGGGAGAAGCGGCCAACUUUGCGGCCUACGCCUUUGCCCCCGCUUCAUUGGUCACCCCGUUGGGAGCUCUGAGUGUAAUCAUCUCAGCCGUGAUGGCCUCCAGAUUCCUCAACGAGAAGCUUAACCUGCUGGGAAAGAUAGGCUGCUUUCUGUGCAUACUUGGAUCCACCAUCAUUGUGAUUCACUCGCCCAAGGAGAAGGAGAUUGAGGAUCUCCAGCUUCUAUUCGACAUGCUGUUGGACCCGGUGUUCAUCCUGUACGUGAUCUGCAUCGUUGGCUCCACGGUGUUUGUGGCCUGCUUUGUUGCCCCACGCCAUGGACACAGCAAUGUGGUGGUCUAUAUCUUCUUGUGCUCCGGAAUCGGGUCUCUGACUGUGAUGUCUUGCAAGGCAUUGGGCCUAGCCAUUCGGCAGACGCUGAAUAAUGGAGGAAACGUAUUCCUCACAUGGAUGCCAUGGUUCCUGAUCCUGCUCACCGUCACUUUCAUAGCCAUCCAGAUGAACUAUCUGAACAAGGCGCUGGAUAUAUUCAACACGAGUAUAGUGACCCCAGUGUACUAUGUGAUGUUCACCACUCUGGUGAUAGCUGCCUCUGCCAUCCUGUUCAAGGAGUUCACCCACAUGCGGUUCGACGAUAUCCUCGGCGAUGUGUGCGGCUUCCUCAUCGUUAUCACAGCCGUGUUCCUGCUCAACGCCUUCAGAGAUAUUGAUAUAUCGCUGAACGAUGUACGAGGUCUGAUGCGGCCGAAAAUGCAGCGGGUGGCGCAGUUCGACGAGGAGGUGCUGGUCACCAGCAAUACCAAGGAACGCCGCCUGUCCUACGGAUCCAGCGACAUCUUCCGGAAAGCCUGACACAAGCAGCGAUACCAGGUCUAGUUGCAUCCCUUGCAGCGGUUGACCUGAAGACAAGGUUGCUUUACGCCGUAAACGAAACAUUGGUCUAAAUAUCUGUGCAUAUCACCUGCAUUCUCAUCCACACAUCUCAUCUCCAUAAAUUGUUCCUUCGCUCUUGUUAUUCAUACAUUCGCUAGUAUAAGAACGUAGGUUUAGGUUAUAUUGUAUUAAACACGAUUUACUAACGUA